AUGGCCAGGGUUGGGCCCUGGGCACAUAUUGUUCAUGACAGGCGUCUUCGAGCGGCCGUUUUGGCAUUCCUGCCCAUUUUCCUAUCACUACUAUUUUUGGAACGACUAAACUCAUGGAUUUUCACAUUGGCAGUUAUCCUCGUAACCGCAGUGAUGUCCUAUUUUGUUACCGAUGCACAUUACAUUCAGUAUUCUGGACAGGCAUUCAUCUGUGGUCUUCUGGCUGGGUACAGUAUUUGCGUGCAACUUUUUGGAACAAGCUACACGAUGGUUUUCUUCACAAGGUACACCUUGAUGCUAACCUUGUUCCAUUUUUCCGAAUUCGUGUUUACUGCUUUGACGAACAACGAGAAUCUGAAGGUUGACAGUUUCCUUUGGAAUCAUUCGUUGGAGUAUUGGGUUGCAGCGAUCACGUCUUGGCUAGAGUUUGGACUUGAAUCAUUGUUUGUACCUCAACUCUUAGUGAACUACGUUAGUUUAUUUGGUAAGUAGUUUUUUGCGCUCUAAACUUCCUGAUCUAUUGCUUAUCACAAGAAAAAUGGACAUAUUUUAGGUGUUUUAAUUUGUCUGACCGGUGAAGUGAUAAGAAAAUUGGCCAUGUGGCAUGCGAGUACCGCAUUCACUCAUCUGAUUGCCAUACGAAGAAACAAGGGCCAUAAUCUGAUAACGAAUGGAAUCUACAGUGUCGUCCGUCAUCCUGGUUACCUUGGCUGGUUUUUGUGGUCUAUUGGAACUCAAAUUAUUCUUUGUAAUCCUUUCUGUCUUAUGGCCUAUGCGUAUGUUUCUUAUCGGUUCUUCGACGAUCGAAUAUACGAAGAAGAACGAUAUCUUUUAGAAUUUUUUGGUAAAAGAUAUCGGGAUUAUAAACGCCGUGUACCGUCUGGAAUACCAGGUAUCUAUGGGUAUGAAAUUUCCACUCAAUGAUCUCAACUUUCUUAAUAAUUUUUAAGUACGUUUUGAAUAAAUUAAUGUAUAAAUAAAGUAAUCGAGUUUUGGGUUUGAAGAUUAUCGUUGUACAAUUUGACUCGUCUGUGACAAUGUAUGUUGCGCUACGUCUCACAACGAAAGAUUAAAUUGGCAUUAUGUUUAAAGCCUACGGUAGGUAGCUCUCCAAUGAGCCUAGAUAUUUGUCGUUCGUUUAUAAAUAAGUUUUCUUCACGUUCUGGGUGGCUGAAUUGAUUUUUUAUGUUUUUCAUAAUGUCUCGCGUUUACCGAUGCAAUUUUUAUUGUGUAAGAUGUUAAUUUUGUCGUUGCAGGGUCAACAUGGGACGUCGUCCCGCUCGUUGUUACCGUUACAUCAAGAAUAAACCGUACCCCAAGUCGAGGUUCUGUCGUGGUGUUCCAGAUGCCAAGAUCAGGAUCUUCGAUUUGGGCCGGAAGAAGGCCACCGUCGAUGAGUUCCCUAGCUGCGUUCAUCUGAUCUCCAACGAAAGAGAGCACUUGUCGUCCGAAGUAAGUUUGCGAAGUAUUUUGCUUUUUUUGGAGGGUUUAGGUUCGAGUGAAACUGAGUUGUGAGAAAUAAGCGCCGUGGACGUAUCUAAUCUGUCUUUUUUUAGGCUUUGGAAGCCGCUCGUAUCUGUGCCAACAAGUACAUGAUAAAGACCUGCGGUAAGGAAGGUUUCCACAUGCGUGUGCGCAAACAUCCCUACCACGUCGUCCGUAUCAAUAAGAUGUUAUCAUGUGCUGGUGCUGAUCGUCUGCAAACUGGAAUGAGGGGUGCCUUCGGUAAACCGCAAGGGCUUGUCGCCCGUGUUGGUAUUGGAGAUAUCCUGUUGUCCGUCAGAAUCCGUGAUCAUCAAGUUGAGCAUGCACUUGAAGCUUUCCGUCGUGCUAAGUUCAAGUUCCCUGGACGUCAAUACGUUGUUGUCUCAAGGAAGUGGGGAUUCACCAAGUUUGACCGUGAAGAUUACGAACAAUACAGAAAGGAAGGACGUGUUGUACCAGAUGGUGUUCACUGCAAGUUCAUUCGAGAACAUGGUCCACUCGCCGAGUGGGUUAACAACCCUAUCUAA